AUGAAUGACGAAGAGGUUUCAUCUUUAAUUUGUAAAUUGAGUAGUAAUUUAUAAGAGGAAUUAUAGUAUUAAUUAAGAGGAAAUAUUUUAAGUAGUUGUAAAGUGUUGAUAAAGACAUUUUCAGAAAAAAUGAUUAAAUAAUUAUUGGGAUAGAUGGAGGAAUAGAGUUUUUCUCCAGAAGAGAGAAUUAUUACAUUAAAUUAAUUAGAUGAUUCUUCAUUAUAUAUUAUAACUAAAGGAGAGAUUGAAAUUAUUUUUGAAGGUUUUAAUAGUUUAAAUGAAAGAGUUUAAAGGAAUAGUUUGAAGUUUUUAUAUUAAGGAGAUUAUUUUGGAGAAUUCUCAUUUUUUACAGGUUAACCUAGAAAAGCAACUGCUAUUUCUAGAGCAUUUACAAAAGUGUUUAAAAUUAAAAGGGAAAAUUUUAUUAAGAUUUUGUUAUCAUAUCCAAAUGAUUAUGAGAAAUAUUGUUAAUUGACACAUACACUAUUACAUUAAGAUUAUAGUUCAUUUUAAGUUAGUUGUUAUAGUUGUUCAAGUAAUUAGCAUUUAAUUGAUAAAUGUCAUUAUUUACAUUAUUGUCCUGAUAAGGAAAGUAUAUUAAAGAAAGAAUUAUAUCCUCAUGAUUAACCAAGAAACAAUAAAAUAGGUAGAGUAAAUAGGGAGAAAGAAGUAAGUCCAUGGUUAAUAUAGAAAUAUUUAAUGAGUAAGGCUAGAGAGAUUUAAUAAGAAUAAUAAUAUUUGGCAAAUAAAGGAACAGAUUUUGAAGAUUAUGAAUAACAUUCUAAUUUAAUGAAUGAUGUUUAUGAAGAUGAUAGUAAUAUUAUUAUUUAAUAUUGAUAAGUUGAAAUAGAUGUUCCAUCAUCUUUGAAUUAAAGAAGUAAUUCUAGAUCAUUUAGUAAGAUUAGUCAAAAACCUAAUUAAUAAAAUAUGAUAACAGAAAAUGAAGAUGAUGAUUCUAAAAAUUAUUCAAGAAAACCAGUAAAUCCUAGAGUUACUUUAUAAACAGCUGGAUUUGGUGGAGGAAUGAGAGAUAGUGUUAGAGUAGAUUUAAUGAAGGAUGAUGAAUAUUAAGAAAUUUCUGAAGAAGAAUCAGAAGAAGAAAAGGAUUAAGUAUUAAUGUAAUUACCAAUAAAUACAAAAUAAAAUUAAGAAAUUACUAGAACUUAAUAAUAAAAAAUUACUUUUACAAGAAAGGAUUCAUCAGAAGAAAUUAUACCUCGUUAAUCUUCACUUAGAUCUCAUACUUAUACAUAAAAAGGAAGAUAAUCUUAAACUAUAAAAAGAACAUUGACUCCAGAAAAGAUAUUCCCACCAAAUUCAUCAGAUUUAGAAGUGAGAAAUCAUUAAAAAAGAGCAACUUAAAAAAGAUAAUCAAAUACUACAAGAACAUUUACAAGAAAUUAAGGAAGAGAAAUGACAACAGAUAAUAAUCAUACUUCUAUUAUGGAUAAUUAAACUUAUAAUUAACAUACAAAUAAUUCUAUUUUUAAUGACUUUGAUAAAAUGUAAAUCUUUGUAUAUUAUUUCCCUCUUAAUAAUUAUGAUAUUGUUAUUAAAAGGUAUAAAUAUAUUAUAUUUUAUUUAGAUAUGCUAGACUUUAAAAAUUCUUUGGAAAAAGAAGACUCUAUCCUGAAUUCUCUAAAUACUCAUUUUUCUUUUUAACCAUUAAGAAAGGUUGGAAACUUAGAAAAUUAGGUGAUAAAAUUACAGGAUUGAGAAUUGCUGAAUCAUUAAAAAAACCAUUUACUAAAACAUUUUAAAGUAUUAAAACAGUUAAGAAAAUUGCACAUAAUACUACUGGAAAUGGAGGAGGAGGUACUUCACCUUUAAGAUUAUAAUCUUUUAAGUGA